UUACAUCACAUUAAAUCUCGUGGAGUAAGCCGGUCUGUGUGUAUAUUUAACCUGAAGGGCACUAAUACAAGGUGAUUUUUAAACGGAUUGAAGAGAUUUUGACAUUAUCAAUAGCUUCUCUUCAGGUGAUCUUAAUUCCGUAUUUGCCUUUGUUCAAACAGUUCAGAUUAUUGUUCAUAUAUAUUGGAUACUGAAAGAUUAUAGCUUUAAUGCAUAUCGGGUAUUUGAACUCGUACCAAAAUUUGCUUAUUACUGAAUCGAUGAACCAAGGCGUAUAGGAUUAGCUGUUUAAUACCAAACAUUGAGUCAGUCAUUGUCUAGAGCGGCGAAAGUUUUCAGUGAACCCGCGUCUCUUAGAAGCAAGUGAUCGAACUUUAUCAGGGAUUACUUUGCCGUUGUUUACAAUAUUGAGUGAUCGAACUCUUUUUUUCACUUUCUAAAUCAAGAGCCGCAGACACCCGUUAUAUAGCCGCACGGAAGAGUCGUGCAAAAUGCCUGCACUAACAUCGCCCUGGUUUUAUCAAAGGAAUCCCCAGCUUCCGCCACAGUUGGCCAACGCCGCUCAGACCCGAUCCCCCAGUACUAUGACUGAGGGCGACGUGGACCAAAUCACCAAGAGGGUAGGAAGGCCCACACAGGCUUCAAAGGCCAAACUCAGUCAGUCCUGGAAGCUCGAAAACACAUUCAUGGACAACGGACGCCACGCCUGGGCCAAGAUGAAUCUCUAUGCCGAUUGCAAGAAGUGUAUGUGGAAGGAUAAUGGAGUAGUGAAAUCGACAUGCAAAAUCCGCCCCGUGCAGCCGACACCACGCUAACGGUGUAGUGCCUUAAGCAGACUUUUGCUUUGGGUGAACAGUUUCUAGUCCAUCACUCGUCAAAACAAGAUGGCUACCACAUACGUCUCUACUUUCUGCUUUGCUUCAGGAUAAAUCUACGCUUUGUGGUGUUUUCAGGAGUAUUGGUGUGGUGCUUAAUGAUUCCUGCUCAAUGAUCAUAUGCUGUUUUGGCGCGAUGACAUGUACCUUUUCAGUAUUAUUGUUUUGUUUUCCGACCAUCAUCUUUCCUACUAGUUUAUGGAACUUUUAAAAGAAAUUUCUGGACUUUCCAACACAGAUCAAUUAUGGAAAAGUGGUUGUUAUUAGUUCAUUUAAUUUAAUCAUCUUAUUAUAUAUUUUAAUGGCGUUGAUUUCACGGUUAACAGAAUAUUUGUAACACUUGUUUUUCGUAAUAUAUGUCUAUAUUUACAUUUCAUGUGAAUUUCAACUAUUUAUUUAUUUAUAUUGCAUUUUAAAAUAAAAAUUUAAAAUAUCGUA